UAAACAUUUCAUUUCAAAAACAAUCCAAGGACCCAAAUACUGUCAUUAUCGCACAGGCAAAGCGGAGAGGCCCUUCCAUGAGAAGAGAAACCAUCCGCUACACCUGAAAACAUCAAACAUUUCUAACUCUUAGCUUCAGCACAGAGUAGAAAAUGGACGAUUAUACAAGAGAAAUGAUGGACCUCAAAACCCUCGUCACCCGAACCCUAGAGAAGAAAGGCGUCCUUGCCAAGAUCCGAGCUGAACUUAGAGCAAGCGUCUUCGAGGCGAUAGAAGAGGAGGAUAGGGCAAUCGAGAAGGAUGAAGCCUUGCCUCCUGCACUAUUGGGUAGCUGCAAUGAGCGCGCGAAGCAACUCCAUAAUUCCCCUUCAGGAAGGCUACUAACUGCACUCAUAUGUGAAUAUUUUGACUGGGCUCAAUUAAACCACACACUUAAAGUUUAUUUGCCAGAGUGUAAUUUGCCAAAGGAUUCUUGGAAAUCAGAGCUAAAAGAAUUUAGCAGCAAGAAUGGAUAUGAUCUUAACAGGAAUGGGGAUAGUGGUCCAUUGCUUUUGGAUGUUCUCGAAGGAUUUUUGAAAUACGAGAACUUAUCUCAAGGAAGGGGUGGUGGGAGGAGAUUGACAACACCAGAUGCUGAAUCUCUUUCCAAUGUAGAAACAAGGAACAUGAGGAGGCCUUCUUCAUCUUCAGUUGCCGGGGGCUUACCUCCAUUGGGAAGGCCAGGUCCUGCUGCCCAGUCAUCUGAUAGAAGAGCAGGUUCGUCAGUAUCUGGGUACAGGAAGGAUGAAUACAAUUGGAGAUAUGACAACGAUGAACUUGCAGAAGAUGUAAUUCGUGCUUCAUCUGCCUUGGAAAACCUUCAGUUGGACAGAAAAGCUCGGAAUCUUACCACUUCCUGGCGUUGGUCUGUAGCUCUAGCUCUUCUUUGGUCAGAGAAGGUCAAAUUUGGGGUGGAAAAAUCAAACUUCAGCAGACAGCAAGCGUUCAUAAUCUGAUGAAGACCUGUUGGUCGAUGAUGGAUUCUUGUUCACUGGUGAUGCAUGGAGGGGAUGGCAUGUCCGAGGAAGAUGGCAGGGUAGAAUAGGUGUAGCGAAAUGUUCUCCAGAUCUCUAAAUCUGAGAAUUGAUGUUAUCAUAAACCAUUGAAAUGCUAUUUUGUGUGACGGGCAGCGAUGUUUCUUAUGAUUGAAAUACUACUGUAUAUUAAAUUGGUAUGAGCUUUUCUUUUUCCUUCCUUUUUUGGCCCUUAUUCUCAUUUAAUUAUCCCUAUUUGUAAGCUAAGUUCAUUCGUUUAGUCUUUAUGCUAUUUGUUCAUUUACGAGGGUUA